ACAUUAACGAACGUCAGAAUGUAAUUUUAGGUUUAUUUGUCCCGUUCAUUAUUUGAUCACUUUAUUAAUUCCUUAAGGAUUUUUUUUUUUUUUUUGCUUUUAUUGGGUAGAGCCCUAGACAACCCCCUCCCCACCCCGCCCUUUUCGUAAGCUUGAUUAUUCCAUUAGUCGGGAUUGCCCAGUCCACGGGCAGGGAAACAGUUUAUUGAUUGCAUUUUCCGCCAUCCGCACUCCUUAUUCAUCUCUCUGCCUCUUUUCUUUUCUUCUGCCACUGCAGAGGCAGAACUGCAACGUCAUAAAAAUCCAGCGGUAAUUUCUCCACCAGUAGCGGCCAUUUUACUUGAGGAUACCAGCACUUUACUCUUUAAGAAUCUCCGAUAGCAUUUCCUUUGUAUGUGUGCGAAGAAGCUCUGACGCCGCAUCAGCAACUCCUAAGCCCUGUGGAAGCUAUUGGGAAGGAUUUUGAUGGUGCACAUCUCUUCCUGCAUCAUAUAGGCUUUAUAACACUUUGAGCACUUUGUCCUCUGCCUGAGGGGAGAAAGAUGGAGGAUUCGUACAGAGACAGGACUUCACUGAUUAGGGGUGCCAAAGACAUUGCCAAGGAAGCUAAAAGGCAGGCGGUACGUAAAGUGAACAAAGCUGUAGACAGAGCGCAGAAUGAAUAUACCCAGCGUUCCUACAAUCGAUUUCAGGAUGAAGAGGAUGAGGACUAUUACUAUAAACAGGACGCAAACUAUAAUGAGCACGUGAAUGAAAACGAUGGCGGCUCAAGUGAAGACACAGAAGGACAUGAUGAAGAUGAUGAAGUUUAUGAAGGAGAGUAUCAAGGCAUUCCUAACAAUGGGCAGCAGAAGGAGAACCAGGUGGCCCUUGGACUGCCGGCCAUGGAUCAGUACAAAGAUCGGCGUGAACUCGAGACAGAGCGCAAGGCCGAUGAAGAAGAGCUUGCUCAGCAAUAUGAGCUCAUCAUCCAGGAGUGUGGCCAUGGCCGCUUCCAGUGGCAACUCUUCUUUGUUCUGGGGAUGGCUUUAAUGGCUGAUGGUGUUGAAGUAUUUGUGGUGGGCUUUGUGCUCCCUAGUGCUGAGACAGACAUGUGCAUUCCUAACUCUGGAUCAGGAUGGCUUGGCAGCAUCGUGUACCUUGGGAUGAUGGUGGGGGCUUUUUUUUGGGGCGGCAUGGCAGACAAAGUCGGCAGGCGACAAUCCCUACUCAUCUGCAUGUCAGUCAAUGGAUUCUUCGCUUUCCUGUCUUCCUUUGUCCAGGGUUACGGAUUCUUUUUGCUUUGCCGUUUGCUCUCAGGAUUUGGGAUCGGUGGAGCGGUUCCAGUCGUGUUUUCCUUUUUCUCAGAAGUUCUUGCCAGAGAAAAAAGAGGAGAGCAUCUGAGUUGGCUCUGCAUGUUCUGGAUGAUUGGUGGAAUCUACGCUUCAGCCAUGGCAUGGGCCAUAAUACCACACUAUGGUUGGAGCUUCAGCAUGGGGUCAGCUUACCAGUUCCACAGCUGGAGGGUUUUCGUCAUAGUGUGUGCUCUGCCCUGCGUUGGUGCUGUGGUGGCACUCACCUUCAUGCCUGAGAGUCCACGGUACUUCCUAGAGGUUGGAAAGCAUGACGAAGCCUGGAUGAUUCUGAAACAAAUUCACGACACCAACAUGAGAGCUCGUGGGCAGCCAGAAAAGGUCUUCACGGUUAACAGAAUCAAGACUCCUAAACAGAUUGAUGAGCUGAUUGAAAUCCAGUCUGACACCGGAAACUGGGUUUCAAGGUGCAUCGUCCGAGUUCGUACUGAGCUGAGAGGGAUCUGGGUGACGUUCAUGAGGUGCUUCCACUACCCAGUGAAAGACAACACAGUCAAGCUGGCCAUCGUCUGGUUUACGCUGUCUUUUGGUUACUACGGAUUGUCCGUCUGGUUUCCGGAUGUCAUCAAGCACUUGCAGGCUGAUGAAUACGCAUCAAACAAGAAAAACUUCACAGGGGAAAAUGUAGUCAACAUGACAUUCAACUUCACUUUGGAAAACCAGAUCCACAUUAAUGGAGAAUACACCAACGACAGAUUUUAUAAAAUGAAGUUCAAAUCAGUGACCUUUGAAAACUGUGUGUUCAAGAACUGCGAAUUUGAAGAUGUUACUUCAGUGGGUACCUACUUCAGAAACUGCACAAUAUUAGACUCACAUUUCUUCUACACAGACAUUGAUGACUCCAAGCUCAUUAACACUGUAAUAAAGAACAGUAAUUUUUCAGAGAACAAAACAGGCUGUCAAAUCACCUUUGAUGACGACUACAGUGCCUACUGGGUUUAUUUUGUGAACUUCCUUGGAACUCUUGCGGUUCUUCCUGGAAAUAUUGUAUCCGCACUACUAAUGGACAAGAUUGGUCGCUUAACCAUGUUAGGUGGCUCCAUGGUCCUUUCUGGAAUAAGCUGUUUUUUCCUGUGGUUUGGAACCAGUGAAUCCAUGAUGAUUGGGAUGCUGUGUCUUUAUAAUGGCCUUACAAUUUCUGCAUGGAAUUCUCUGGAUGUGAUUACUGUGGAGCUGUAUCCAACAGACAGGAGGGCAACUGGAUUUGGGUUCCUGAACGCCCUGUGUAAACUGGCAGCAGUCCUGGGAAAUCUCAUAUUUGGUUCCUUAGUAGGAAUCACCAAAGCCAUUCCCAUCCUGCUGGCGUCCACAGUUUUAGUAUGUGGAGGUCUCGUUGGGCUCAGACUGCCUGACACAAGGAGCAACGUUCUCAUGUAAAUGGACAAAGCCAUCGACAGUCCUGCUUCUGGGUGCCUCAUUACGGUACAGACAAGAUGCAAAAGGUUUAGCUCCUGAGUGGUAAAUGAAUCAAUCAGUGCGUUAAAAUGCCCACAAACAUAAUGCUAUGCUUUAUACUUUUGUCCAUUUUGUAUUUUACAUUCUGUUCAACUGGCUGUUGUGGGAUCAGAAAAAGAAAUAAAAAUAAGCAAUACAUAUAAAAGAUGAGACAUUGUUCAGUUAUGGCCACCAGCUUUGUCUUCCACCUCUGUACACUUCCAUUACUGUCCAGCAAUGCUCCCCAACAGUGGACGGGCCUUGAGCUGAUAAAGGAUUGUCUUAUUUUUAGUGUCUGGUAAAUAAGAUGACCUCAGUGAUUCAUAAGUGAGACUUAGUAAUGCAUGAUAAUACUCCAACAGUAGGUGAGAGGUUUGCAUCCUCUUUCCUGACCAUCACAUUUUCUUUGCAGUCAUUUGCAAAAGAUCGAUUACUAUUGGUGUGAAAACGCCUUUCAAGAAAGGGAUGUCAACAAUGAAAUGUUCACAGUUGUCAUCCUUCGGUGGCAGUAUAACAUUUCAGUGAUAUCUAAGGGAGAUUUUUAUUUAAAACAUUUAUGUAGGGCAAAGCACAUUCAAACAUGUAUGCUUUAUUUAUAAUUAAGAGAUAUUUUGAUUUUUUGCAACUAGACUUAUUAUAUUUUGUAAAUUAGCUCAAUUGUGCCAAACAUGGGUUCUGUCGAUCUGCAGAACUUCAGUUACGUGGAACCUAAACCUAUUGUAUCUAAAUUACAGUUAAUGGAAAAGGCCGUGAUACACAGAAUAUCCAACGGGUGCAAUUGCAUUACCAUGUAAAAUAAUGUACAUUUUUUUAAAUUACUGCCAUCUUACUUUUUGUGUUCUUCUUUUAUUUAUAAUUCUUCACAUGCUAUGCCUUGACAAGUUGACAUUUUUCCCACAGGCUAAACCAUUUUUGGAAACACAAGUAUUUUUUCUUCUUUUGUGUUACUUAAUUUGAGUUACUUGUUCGUGUGGGUAUCGAAUGCCCAGUAGGUGGCAGUGCCAAUUUCACAAGGUCACUCUUACAAUAGUUAAGAAAUCCUUUGCGAAAACAUAAUGGCCUUUUAUUAAUUCAGUGCCUCUCCUUUAAAUUAUUGCCAGAGUAGAUGAUGUAGUGCAUCACGUAGUUACAGUCGCCAAGAAAGGCUGUUUUAAAAUGAAGUAAUAGCUUUCUGGGUAUUAUCUGCACCCUACAGUGCAUCUCUCAAGCAGUGCCAAAUCCACUAUUAUCAUGAAUGUAUAUAUGUGUAUUCCCAACCUCACUAUGUAUAUAGUGUCAGAUUUCAAAUAUACAGUAAUGAUGCUGCACAUUAACUUAACUAAAAGCAAACUGCAUCUCUUGCUUAUUAGCACUACAGCUGCACUUGUGUCCGAGGCAACUAACACAACAAAAUCGACAUUUUUAGCACUAAAGGAGUUCAUUGCCAAUGUACAAAUGAAUCACUGAUUAGGCAAAAUGAUGAGAAGUGCACUGGUUCUUGGAGUAGUGGGCAGGUCAGAGUAUAAAGAUGACAUAAUGGAAGAGCGUCCGUUGACAAAUCAUUGGGUGCCACACAGUUUCCGCUUAUCUGCUUUGAUACCUGAACCCAGGAUGUGUGGCUAUGUAGGUUUUUGCCUUCUUAAUAAAAAAAACUGCUCUUGCUUGCAUUACCUAAUGAGACCCACUCGAAGCCUUUAUGUGUUUUAAAUUUUGUGCACCUUCUUGUACCUUUUUGUCCUCACUGCUAAUCUUUAUGCAUUCUUGUACGUCGACAAUAUUCCAUUUAUGUCAGAAUUCUCCCGAGUGUGCGUCUGUUACUCCUGUAUCUGUAGCUACUGCCGCACUUUCAUUGCCAAGAUUCCAAAAACUGAGCCCUUGUUGUUGGCUAUAAAUAACUUUAGUUUACCUCAAUUUUCAAGUUUCAAAUUUUAUAUAUUGCUACACGUAUUGAAUUUUUGUGUGUGGCUGUGGUUCUACUGAAUUACAAAUCUAAGUGACUGAUGAAACAUUGCUCCACCUCAAUGAAAUUCAAAUAAGCUUGUUGGAUUUUUGGAGUGCUUACGUCAGUGUUUCAGUUUGGGUGUGAUUAUAACCACACCUGUUCUAAGAUUGUUUAGGGAUGUUGUCCUGUUUAGUCCGUUCACAUUCCACAAUCCCUUUGUCACACUGUAUUCUUUUCAGUCAAGAAGUAAUAAGUAAGCGCAGAGAUUCUAGAUCUCAGAGUAUUUGAAAUUGAACAUUUGUGUAUCAUUUUAGUUUUUUUUCCUUGAAAAUACAAGACAGUAUAGAUAGAUUCACACAAUAAAGGACAUAAGAUAGGCACAGUUAUUAGCCAUGGCGUUGGAGAAUGUUGUUAAUUAGCACAUGUAAGAAUUUCAGUGUACUCUUUACAUAUGAAAAGCACCCUAUAAACCCAUAAAAAUGAAAACACACAAGAAAUUCACAUCAUCUGAUGUAUAUACUGACUGAAAAAGUGCAAAUGGUAAAAUUUUAUGAGUGAAUACCAGGAGAAAAAUCUAAACAAGUUUGAAAACAAAAGACACAAAGGGAGUCAACAACAUCAGACUGCUAAUCAAAAAUCAAACCAAAACUUCAGAGCUAAAUUACAAAUGCUAGGAAUUACAAAAAAAGGGUUGCAAGAAUCAUUCAAGUUUAUCCAAUCUCAGAUAAAUUAUUAGGUGACCUUUAUAGUUACAGUCGCAAAGUAGGAAUUUGCUGGACUGUCAUGAUCAGGAGCUGAUUUUGGGGUCUUGUGGCUUUUUUCCUGUGCUGUGGACCAUUUUGCUCGCUCCAGCUCUCUGCAACCCUGAAUUAGAUUACAUUUAUUUCCAUACAUCCAUUCAUUUCUAUCCAUUUUCUGCUGCUUAUUUGGACCAUUUUCGCCACCACCUCCUCCAGCUCCUCUAGGAAAAUACCGGGGCAUUUCCAGGAUGGCCGAGAAAUUUAAUCUCUCCAGUGUGUCUUAAGUCUGCCCUGAGAUCUCCUGAAAGAAGGCAUCCUCCUCAAGAGGGCAUCCAAAAGGCAUCCUUUUCAGACUAUUAAUAAUAAUAAUACAGUAAUAAUAAUACAUUUUAUUUAUAUAGUGCUUUUCUCAUGCUCAUCACCUCAACUGGCAGAGGGCCAGUGGCUCUACUUCAAGCUGCUCCUAAAUGUCCGCACUCCUCACCCUGUCUUUCAGGGUGAGCCCAUACACCCUGCGAAGGAAGUUAAAUUCUGCUUGUAUUCACAAUUUAGUUCUUUCAGUCACUACCUAAAGCUUAUAUCAGUACAUGAGAGCAGGAGUGUUGAUCAACUGGUAAAUCAAGAGCUUUGCAUUUUGGCUCAGCCCUCUCUUCACCACAACUGACCAAUACAAUGUCAGUAUGACUGCAGAUCAUUGUUCCGAACCACCUGUCAAUCCCACUCUCCCAUCUCUCUGCACUCGUGAACAAGAUCCCAAGAUACUGAAACUCCUCCACCUGAGGCAGCACUUCACCACCAACCUGGAAUGGACACUCCACCCUUUUCCAGCUGAGAACCAUAACCUCAGACUUGGAGGUACUGAACCUCUACCCAGCUACUUCACACUCAGGUGCAAAUCCCCACCAGUGUGCAUCUUUGACACAGCCCCUUGAAGCCAGCAGGCCUACAUCAUCUGCAAAAAGCAGAGAUGCAACCCUAAGGUCACCAAACUGGACAUCUGUUACUUCUUAGAUGUGUCUAGAAAUUCUUUCAAUAAAAACUAUGAACUGAACUGAUGACAGAGGGAAGCCUUGAUGGAGUCCCGCUACCACUGGGAAUGACUUAUUGCCAGCAAUGAGAACCAUCUUUUUGCUCCCAUUGUACAAGGACUGAAUAUCCUUAAAUAGCAGGUCUGGUACCUCAUACUCCCAAAGUAGUCCCCACAAGAGACCCUGAUUAUAAUGAACAACAAGGGGACAUCCUCCAGUGGGCCCACCACCUGCAGGAGUCAUAAGGGUCCAGUGUGUUGUGAUUCAGGUGGUGGUUAAAUACAAGUGUCUAGCUAGACUGAUCACCAGAUACCAAACCUGAUUUUAGGGAAAUUGUGUAUUUAUUUAGCUUAAUUUUAUGGUAGGGUAUAAAUUAAUGGAUAUGAGGGGUAGACAGUUUCACAGCAUGUUUAAUUUUGCUCAUACAUUUGUACAUGGUAUGAAACUCUACCUCACAUUAAAUGGCCAGAGAAACAGCAAUGACAAUCCAAAUUAGAAUUCCGAUCUCAUCGGGGUCUGCCUACAUCUUGAAUUUGACUUUUGCCCACAUGCCGUUAGGGCCAAGCAAAGAUCUGCAGAUUUUUGUAUGCUGUUUUCCGAAAAAGUUUCCCAUUGAAAAUCUCUACUACAGAAAAUCUCUGAUCUGUCACUGGAUCCACCUGGCAAAGAGUAAUGGAUGCUUAGGGUUCUGUAAAUGAGAGGGGCUAAAACAAAUCUUGAUAGAGCACAGUCAACGUGGAAAUAUUAUUGCAGGUUAACAUAGCAGAAGAAAAGUGGUUGUGUUGGCACAGGUAACAUUGCUGCCUCAUAGCUUUAAAGUUUAGAAACUGUCCCAGUCAUGGUCUGUGUGGGGUCUGCAGUUUGCCCACAUGCCCAUGUGGGUGUUUUACUUGGCCCUCUGCCUCUCCUACCACCCCCCCAAAGAGGAGUAGGUGACUCCAAAUUGGUUCCAUGCACACAAGAAUGGAUUGAUGCCCCAUACAGACUUGCUUUCUCACCGGUGCCAAGUGCUGCCAAGAUAUUCAGCAUGGCCACCAAGAUGGUCUCACAAUGAAUGGUGUUAACUGUUACUUCUGAAUUUGCCAGAACACCAAUAAAGAUUUUAAUACAAUAAAUAUAAAAGAAAGCAUUGUUAUUAAAUUACGCAAAAGAAUAUCAGCUAAGGCUUUGAAUACGUUUAAGAGAGCCAAGCUGAAAAAACUGAAGGCAGGGAGGAAUCUCCACGGUAAUGCCAGUCCAUCAGUCAAAGUGUCAAUGCCAGUCUCUGAGCAGUGCUGUAUAUCUUAACUGUGGGAGGAACAUCAUAGGACCUCAUGAAGAAUGUGUGUGAAACUCUGCGCUGAGUUUUGUCUAACACAAAAGGCUUGGAGGCAAAUGUGUUUUUGAGCAAUUAUAGACUGACAGGAUCUGACUUUUUUGGUAUUCCUUUAUUUGUUAUGAUUUAACACAUUAAGAAAAUAUGUCACUGAGCGGGUCUCUGCAACAAUACGCCAACUAAGCUUCUCAAAUCAUUGUUGCUGGUGUGGGUGUAGCAGAAGCAGGACAAGCUAGUCACUCCAGAUCUCUCUGUCCCCAGCUACAGAUUCCAACUCUUUUUGGACAAUUCCCAAGCUUUCCCAAGCCAGAGAUAUAAUCCAUCCAGCACAUCUGGGGUCUGCCAAGUGAUUCCUACCCAAUGGGACGUGCCCGGGGCAUCUCCAGUGGGAGACAGCUUGGGGGACAUCCUUACAACAUGCCUAAAUCUCCUCAAAUGGCUCACCUCAAGUAGGCAGACCAGGAGUUCUAAUCUGAGGCUGUCCCGAAUCACUGACUGGCCCUGAGAAGAAACCUCACUUCUGCAACUAGACAUUGCAAUCUUAUUCUUUGGUCAUUACCCACAACUCAUCAUCAUAGCUGAGGACAACAAUGUAGAUGGUAAAUUAAGGACUUUGUCUUUAAACUCAGCUACGGCUUCACCACCACGAUCCGGUGCAGUCCCUGCAGAAGCAGCUCCCUCCGCUCCAAUUCACUUGUUGAUCUUACGUUCGUUUCUUCCUUUAUUUAUGAACAAAAUCCUUGAACUUCUUCCUCCUUUGCCUGGAGAGAGCAAUCCACUGUUUUAUGAGAGAGAACCAUGAUGCAAACCCUAUAAAUUUCAAUUCACUCCCCAAAACUAUGGUGAUUGUGGUUUGUCUUGAAACAUAAAUGAUACAAAAAUAAUACAGAAAUACAAUAUUAGGUUAUUUAUGUCCUAAUACCUUUUAAAUGUACAUAAGUCACAGAAAUUGUGAUUCAAUUCAGGCUUUAUUUAAAGAUUUCAUCUAGUUUCUCGGAUUUACAUUUCAAUGUAUCUUGUGUUAUUGUGUUAGAUUUACACCUCUUGGGAUUCUGUACCAGUAGACAGUAUAUGAUUUAGACAGAAAUUCUGCUUCUUUAAGCCUACACAAAAUUUAAUCAUUUUUGAAAAAGGAACAACAUUCAGUUUACACAGACUGAACAGAGAUGAGAAGUCCACGACUUCUGGCCAACUGACACUAGAGACGUUACGGUGAACGUAGAACAGAAGUAACACUCCUACAUAUCACCAAUAGGAGGCAUGGAGAUAAAGGAGUCACCCAAAGCUAAAUGAGUAUUAGCUUAAACUUGAAAACAACACUUUGACUUUGUCCAAUGAGAUUUUCUCCAUACUGCUUCUUCUCCCUUGACCUUCUAGCUUUUCACCUGGCUUGGUAUGCUAUAAAUGAUCAAGAUGGUAUCAAGAAAUGUGGGGCAGUCACAGAUCCUUUCAACAUUUUUUCCACUGCUGUCAUUUUUUUGUAAUUUAUGUCCACUAAAUUGAGUCAGUAGAAAUUGCAGUUUUGAAAGUUGAUCUAUCUGAAGUCGUCUUCAGAAAUAGAACAAAAACUUUUUGACAAGGACAGUCCACUGAGCCCAACAAAGAUUUAAUAAUCACAUUGAUUUGGGAUUUGAAGGUACCCUAAAGUCCUGCUCUCCGCCAUACUACUUGGUAACCUUAUUCCAUGUGUCUGUGGUUCUUUUCGUGAAGAAAAACUUGGUAACGUUUGUACAAAAUUCACCCUUAACAAGUUUCCAACUGAGUCCCCGUGUUCUUGUUGGACUUAUUAAAGCAAAACAGCCUGGAUCCACAAUACUAAUUCAUUCCAUAGUUUUAAAAACUUCAAUUGUGUAAUGUCUGCAAGCAAACACUGCAAGAAAUGAAAUCUAAUAACAGUAAAGUAUUUUGUAUCAUGACAUUAAAUGUUGUUUUCCUUAUUGUAAGGAAUGCAUAAUACAAAUACAAAUACAUAAAAUUGUAUUUAUGAUUAAUUACCAUAAAUUAAGAAAUCUUAUCAAGCAAAUUGUGUUUAUCUUAUUGGAGAUAACCUCCUUGGACUUAGUGGCUUCUGAACAACACUGUCUGGCAGUUGAUAGUCCACUACGACUCCUAAAUCCUUCUCAUACAUUUCAGACCUCCCAAUAUGAAUUAAAAUCUAACAUUUUUACUUUCUACAUGUAACGCUUUACAUUUACUGACAUUAAAUUUCAGUAUCUGUCCAAGCCUGUAUGCGGUCCAGGUCCAUCUGUAAUGAUUCAACAGUUUCCAGAUUAUAUGCCAUUCCACAUAUUUUUGUAUCAUCUACAAAUUAACCAGUUUGUUAUAUACUGUAUAUUCUUAUACAAAUCAUUUACAUAUAUAUUAAUACUAAACAUGAACAGUCAAAGUUAAAUUACGCGAAUGUUAGAAGCUGGAAGUGACCUCCUUCCUAUUUUUUAAUUUCAUUUUAGGGAGUAUGCUGUGAUGUUUGGGUAUAUUUCUAAAGGAUGAAACUCAGAUAUGGACAGGAAUUUAAUGCCAUCUUAAGAUUAUUUCUGUAUCAUAACUGCACACGUUCUCAGAAUAUGUUUUCAUUUGUUAAACAACCUAUUGGAUAUUCAACCCCUAAAACUACGCAAGCGAGCUAUCUAAUGUGCUUGAUUUGUAUCCUACGUUAGAGAGCCCCCUUAGGAGUGUAUCUGUGUAUCUGGUCAACUUACUCUUUUAGCGAUUAUCUUUGUACAUUAAAUUGGAGAAUCGACUGCAUCUUGGCAAUGACAGUUCCAUUUUCUCACUGCUCCUAACUUUGCAAAUGGAUUGUCGUCCAUUUUAUGAGCUAGCAUGUGUGGACCUAAUUUCUGUUUUUCUUGUCUUCUGCUUUAGCAAAGGGAACUAAAAGGAAAAGGUGAAUGUAUUGUUUUGGUAAAGGUCUAGUAUCAGAUUUCUCAUGUUUCUUUUCAAACUUAUUUUCUCAGUCUGUUCAGGUUUUAAGGAUAAAAGGUGUGUAUUAUUUUCUAAAUCUCUGAAAAGCAGUGUCUUUAGUGGUUAAAGGGCAUGCAAUGUGUGACAUGACUGUAUGUACAGUACAGAGCUAUAUCAUAUGUGAAAGUGUGUACAAAAUUUAUUUGCCAAAUAAAUAUUGUUACUGUAUUAAAAAAAAAAAAACAAAAGUGUAUUGUAAAUCAUAUGGAAGCAGAUUUUUUCCCAAGGUAUAUAAAAUAAAGAAUUAUGUUCACUAUA